UACAUGAUUCUCCUGCUGGAAGGAGCCGCGCUGGCAAAAACGGGCAUCUGUCAAAAAAACCCGAAUCACGUUUCGACCUCGAUUUUGUUGCGGCGGCAGGAGCGAGGCGGGCGCGACGACCUCGGCGAUGGUUUUUUACGGGGUGAGAUCUCCCUCUCCGCCUCUCUUUUUGCACUGCAUAGGAAUGUGGAAAAGGCUCGGGUGCCCUCUUCCCCCCCCCCCUUCCUUUCCCUCCUUUCUCCUCGGGCGCUUUGUCUCGAUCCUCCAAGCCAAUUGGGAAAUAACGCCAAUUAAGGGCAACUUUGGGCGAUUCCUCAGGCGGGUUGCCUGCCCCGCGCCGUCCUCGCUCUUGGAAAGGAGCAGCUCUCCGACCAGCUGAAAGAGAUUCCCUCUCUCCCUCUCUCUGCCCUUCCAACCGGAGGCGGUGGGGGCGGGAAAAGGCGCCCGAGUGGGAGGCGGGGAGGGAGGUGGCGGCGGCGGGGCUUUUCCUGCAGUAGCUGGGAAGAGGAGGAAGAGGCGGCGGCUGGGAGAUGGCCAGCAGCUCUCCAGACCGGCGGACUGCCCAAGCAGCCUGGCGCGCCACAGCAGGAAAGAUACGCGGCGGAGCUGGGUGUGGCGCGCGUUGCUCUUUCUUCGAUCCCGGCUCCGCUCCGUUUCCGUCCGUCUCAGUUCCAAAGCAGCCCCAGUCCUGCCCUCCCUCUGCCCUUUCCGCGGCUGCCCUGCUAAAUCGGGACGCCGUUUCGGCGCUCGCUCUUCCUACUGUUUCGGCUACAGCCGCCACAGCCGCAAAUAGGCUGAGGGAGGUUGGGGGGCGGGGGGGAAGGAGGAAAGCAGCCGGCCACGCAGACGCAUGCGCGCUCCGCCGCCUCGCCACAGAGCCCCCUCCUCAUGGUGAACGGGCUUGGGCUUGGGCGGAGCUGAGGGAGGGGGCAGAAAAGCGGAGUGGUCUUUCCGUGACGUGCGGCGUGACUCGGAGAGUGUCACGUGGUCGCCCGGCUACACAGUGGCCAUUCUUGAUGCGGGCUGGGGCGUUCCCCAUCAUCGCCUGGGUCCCAGGCGCAACCUCGGAGCAGGGGGGAGGCUGGACCCAUCGGAAUAAUAAUAGGAAGAUCGCCGGAGAGCUUUGCAAAGGAAGGAAGGCGUUGGAAGGCCUGGAGCAGAGGCGUCGGCGGGGGAAGCGAAUCGGCCGCGAUGCUCUGCGCGUCGCUUGCAGGAAGCUAUACUCCCUUUUUGCAAGGGAGGACGCCUUAGACCCGAUGUCCGAGAUAAUCUUAAUUCUCAGGAAUUUGGUGCCUUAAACAGCUGGGUGACUUUGGGUCACUCUGUCACUUCUGAAAAUCCUUGCCAAGAAAACUGGAAGGACUUGUCCAGGCAAUUGAAAAAGAAUAUUAUUCCCGGGUUGCAAAACUUCAAACCGUCACUAGAGGGAACAACAGAUGAGUAAACUUCAACCUUCUAUUGCCACCAAGCGGUCUUUCCAUUUCAUGCAGCACCAGCCACUUCUGAGCUGCUUUGGAAAAAAACCCGAGCUUCUCCACAGAACAAAGCGCGCUUUUGUUUGCAUCAGGUUCUUGAAGAAUGUUUGUUCCGAGAUCUCUCAAAGUCAAGAGGAAUGUGGUUUAUGAGGAGUGCUGUGUCGCUAAGAAAAACAAACCCUCCCCCAAUGAAUUUGCUUCUGAAAAGUGUACAGAACUCAAAGAGUCUGACAUAGUAGAUGCAGCAACUGUUGAGACUGAUUCAUUGAAAUCAGUAGAAGGAGACACUGCACCACAGAUAUUUGUAGAUUCAACUCUGGCCCUUUCUGAAUCAGAGUCAGAAAACAAUGAGGACUCUUGUGAUACAGAAGAACCGAUAAAAUCUUUCAGUAAAAUUCAGCGCUGGCCACAAUCGGGGGAACCUGUAUGUGUGGUCUGUGGUCGGUAUGGGGAGUACAUCUGUGACAAGACUGAUGAAGAUGUAUGUAGUUUGGAAUGUAAAGCCAAGCACCUUCUACAAUUCAAAGGGGAGGAGGAAAGCUUAAAGCCUACUAAGAGUGAACAAGCCAUUUCUCAGCCUGGUGUUGCUUAUGUGUAUGAAGAGAAUGAAUUCCUGUUAAGUCUUGAGGAUGAGCAGAUCGAAAGUUUAAAACAGCAGCUUGGCAUAGCUGUUGAAGGGCAAGGAGUUGCAAGACCCAUUGUUGAGUUUGAACAUUGUGGCUUCCCAGAAAUCCUCAGCGGCAAUCUAAAAAAAACAGGCUAUGAAGUCCCAACCCCUGUCCAGAUGCAGAUGAUUCCAGUUGGGUUACAGGGCAGGGAUAUUUUGGCAACUGCUGACACCGGCUCAGGGAAAACUGCAGCUUUCCUCCUUCCCGUUAUAAUUAAAGCUUCAGAAGAGACAGAGACUUUGUCUGCUCUUAUUCUGACACCAACAAGAGAAUUAGCUAUACAGAUAGAGAAGCAAGCUAAAGAGCUCAUGAUUGGUCUACCAAAUAUGAGAACCGUUCUUCUGGUUGGAGGAUUGCCUUUACCACCCCAGCUUCAUCGGCUGAAGCAAAACGUUAAGGUGAUCAUAGCUACACCUGGAAGGCUCCGAGAAAUUUUAAAGCAAUCCUCUAUUCAACUUCAUAAUAUAAAAAUUGCUGUUGUUGAUGAGGUUGACACCAUGCUAAAGAUGGGCUUCCAGCAGCAGGUGUUAGAAAUUUUGGAAAAUAUUCCCAAUGAUCAUCAAACCAUCUUGGUGUCAGCCACAGUGCCUUUAAGCAUUGAACAGCUGGCAAGCCGACUUCUGCAGAAUCCAGUGAAAAUAACAGUUGGAGAAAAGAAUCUGCCAUGCUCCAAUGUUCGCCAGAUUAUUUUGUGGAUAGAAGAGCCUUCCAAAAAGAAAAAGCUUUUUGAAAUAUUAAACGAUAAGAAACUCUUUAAGCCUCCAAUACUGGUAUUUGUGGAAUGUAAGUUGGGUGCUGAUCUUCUGAGUAAUGCUGUUCAUAAAAUCACAGGAUUACAGACAACCUCGAUGCAUGCUGAGAAAUCACAGUCAGAAAGAACUGCAAUUUUACAGGGAUUAUUGCAAGGGGAAUAUGAAGUUGUAGUAAGCACUGGAGUCCUUGGGCGUGGACUUGACCUUGUCAAUAUUAAGCUGGUUGUGAAUUUUGACAUGCCAUCUAGCAUGGAUGAAUAUGUGCACCAGGUUGGAAGAGCAGGUCGGCUGGGUCACAAUGGAACUGCAAUUACAUUUAUUAAUAAUAACAGCAAGAAACUUUUCUGGGAUGUGGUAAAGCGAGUUAAACCAACUGGUACCAUUCUCCCACCUCAGUUAUUGAAUUCUCCAUAUUUACAUGACCAAAAGCGGAAAGAACAGCUGAGGAGCAAAGAAUAUCCGAAUGAUCUUGUAACUGGGGAUAAUCUUAUGGACAUUAUUAGAAAACACGAUAAAAGUACUUCUCAAAAGUAACAAGCUAAAUUUAAAAACAUAAUUUGUUUAUGUUAACUUGUUUUAUAUGCAAAAUUUCAAUCCAUUUCUGUGGAUGUGCUUCAAUAAAAUAUAAGUUUGUAGCCCCAUUAAUUCAAAUGAGAGCUAAGCGAGGUAUUAAAUUUAUUUUUUUUUUCAUUUAAACUGAUGCUUAAUUUUGGUGAGAGCUGAUAGUUUAUACAUCUCCAUGCUUAUGAGAUAUAAAGAGUGCCAAGAUAAUGACUUAUCCUGGAUCAUUUUAUACAGUAUUUCAUUAAGGGCUUAGAUCUCAGGUUAAAUGGCAAAAUACAUAUGUAUUUUCAAUGGCUGGGUUUAGUGCAAUUUAUGUAGAGAAAUGGGGAAUCAGGAAAUCUCAUUCGCUGUUAUCAAAUAUUACAGCAUUCCACAUAUACAUUUAUUUAGUAGCGAUUAAUCUGAGGGAUAAAGGUAUUUGAUGUGCCUGAUGAACUGAAAUGCUUUGUGCAAAAUAAGCAGUUCUGAAUUUGUUUCUUGAAGUGGCUGGUUUUAAAGCAAAAGAAUAUAAGAAGCAUAGAGAGUAACUUAAGUAUGGAUUAAAAUGAAGGCUGUGCUAGUGUUAAAAUUAUUUAAAAUGUACAUUUAAGUUCAAAAGAUGUUGAAACAAACAACUGGUCAAAUACUUCUGAAAUAUUUAUUCAGCUCUACCUAUUAGCAAAGAUUAAAUGUUGUAUUGGGGGGGGGGUUAAUCUUGUUUUCUUACAAGUAAUUAUUUCCAGUCCUAGUUCAGACUGAUAGUUAAUUGGGCAAAUAAAUUCAAUUCACGUGUGUCAGAUUUUUUGCCUGGAUGCAAAUCCAAAAUUGAAAAAGGGCAAAAAGAUCUUGAAUCUGGGAUGAUUAUCUAUUCAACUCAGUAGUCAGAAAUCUCUAGAAUGAGUAAUUGUAUCUUUUGAGUAUCUCGUUUUGAAAUUAAAACAUGCAAAGAUCAUUGGCUACCUGGCUGCACAGUAAUACAUGUGUAUAGAAGAACUUCAGCAGAAUACAAAUUCAAUAUGCAAGUAGCGUGAGCUUCAGUUUUGGGCAUCAUUAGUUAAGGGGCAGAUCAAGAAGAGAUUUCUACCUACCAGAUCUUUGUAAGGCAACAUUCAACCAGUAGUAAGUGUUGAGCUAGAUCAGAUCUUCCCAGUCUGGGUACUUUCAAGAUAGGUGGAUAUUAAUUCCUCAGGUUUUCGGCAGUAUUCAUGUUGACUAGGAAUUCUGGGAAUUAUAUCUGCACAUUUUUCUAUUUAAUGUAAAUAUUUAUAUAUUUCCAUGAAUCUAUAUAGGGGAAUUGAAUUGAGUUGGGGAAAACUGGAUGAGAGUGACCCAACAAUUUACCUCAGUAUAAAACAGCUUGGAAUAAACAUUGAUGAUUGCAGUGGAGGUAGAGUGGAUUUCAAAAGGGAAAAAGGAAUACAAUUCUUGAACUUGAGAUACACUGAUUGAAUUGUGCAAUCAAAUUGGUGUCAACUCUUACCGAACACAUAGAUAGACCACUUCCAGCCUGUCCCUCAGGUCUUCCAAUGUUCUGUAGCUGAGUCCACUUUGUUGCUAUUCAUUCUUUUCUUCUCUUUCAUUUCAUCUUUCAAGCAUUAUAGACUUCUCAAGAGAUGAUAUCUAUUUACCUACCUACCCUACCUACUGUCAACUGACAUGAACUGUCUAUAAAACCCAUGUUAUAAAGCUGUAUGAGUUUUUAAUUGUCAUAAGCAACUUUUUUAUUUCUAAAACAAAAAUGGCUUCCUCUUUUGCUUUACUUUUUAGUAAAAUUAUUCAAAUAAAGAGUUAAUAUUUUUUUAUUCUA